AAAAUAUAUACAACAAUCUUCAACCGUACGAUUCAGUCGUAAAAAUGGUACGCGCGAAAAAAUACGUUGUGAAGCGUCACUUUCAAGGUGUGCCCAAAAGGGAGGAUUUCGACGUCGUGGAACACGACCUGCCGGCUAUCAAGAACGGAGAAAUUCUAGUCAAAACCGAAUGGAUCAGCGUCGAUCCUUACCAACGCGCAUACAACUCCAGAUAUCCCACGCCCUAUGAUCAAUUCGGCUUUCAAUUAGCCGUGGUGCAAGAUUCAAAGAACCCAAGAUUCCCUGUUGGUUCGAAAGUCGUCUCGCACAAAGGAUGGAGAGACUACACAGUGAUCGAUCCUAACGCUGCACCAACGCCUAUAGAUAAGGUGUACAAACUGCCCGAUCUUAAAGGCCUGUCGGAGUCUUUGAGCGUUGGAGCUGUAGGUAUGCCUGGGGCGACCGCUUACUUUGGUUUAUUGGAAUUAUGUAAGCCAAAACCAGGUGAAACUGUUGUUGUGACCGGCGCCGCCGGGGCGGUUGGGUCGAUCGUGGGCCAGAUAGCGAAACUCAAAGGGUGCAAGGUGAUAGGAUUCGCCGGUUCGGACGAGAAAGUGUCGUGGCUCGAAAAGAACCUAGGUUUCGACAAUGCGUUCAAUUACAAAACCGUCGACGCUGUCUCGGCUCUAAAACAGGCCGCGCCCAAAGGCAUCGAUUGUUACUUUGAUAAUGUCGGCGGAGAAUUGAGCAGUAUUAUUAUAAAUCAGAUGAAUUUGUACGGACGUGUCGCUGUGUGCGGUUCUAUUAGUGGUUAUAAUGAGGAUCCGGACAAGAUUCCGAAAGCGACCAUGAUACAACCGGCAUUGGUGGCUAAACAACUGAAGAUCGAAGGGUUUUUGGUGGCAAGGUGGCACGACAGAUGGGCUGAGGCGUUUGCCGAUUUGGCCAGGUGGAUAUCCUCGGGGCAGAUUAAGGUCGAGGAGCAUGUAACUGAAGGUUUCGACAAAGUCUUCGAUGCAUUUGUAGGGAUGCUAAACGGAGAGAACCAGGGCAAAGCGGUUGUGAAGGUUUAAGUUCCUAUGUGAGAAUUAAAUUAUGUUAUACUUACAUUUAUACUAAACAACAGGUGUUAGACGCGCAAAUACCUUUUUAAUUAGGUAACGCGAAAGUUUAAAAGUUAUACCUGUAUUUGUUUAAUGUUUCAUUAAUAAACGUGUUAAUUAUAAUUAUAA